AUGGUGGCUAUGAAUGCUAGGCCUAAUAAGUUCACCUAUUCUAUAUUGUUCAAGGCCUGCACAUUGGUUCAAGCUGUAGAGGAAGCUCUGCAAAUUCAUGGACAUGUUGUCAAAAAUCAGUUUGGUGAAGAUGGGCACAUAAGAAGUGCUGGAAUUCAGAUGUAUGCAUCAUUUGGGCUUGUAGAGGAGGCAAGGAGAAUGCUAGAUGAGGCUUCGGAAUCGAAUGAUGUGAUUUGUUCGAACGCGAUGAUUGAUGGUUACAUGAAAUGUGGAGAUGUAGAAGCAGCUAAAGAAUUGUUUGAGAAGCAUAUGCCAAGUAAAAAUGUUGGAUCUUGGAAUGCAAUGGUGAGUGGCCUUGCUAGAUGUGGCAUGUUGAAAGAGGCAAGGGAGUUGUUUGAUGGCAUGAGUGAAAAGGAUGAGAUAUCUUGGAGUGCCAUGGUUGAUGGUUACAUAAAAGGAGGGUGUCACAAGGAGGCCUUGGAAAUUUUCAAUGAGAUGCAGAAGGAGAACUUACUUAGUCCGAGAAAAUUUAUUUUGUCAAGUGUGCUAGCUGCCUGUGCCAAUGUCGGAGCAGUUGAUCAAGGAAAGUGGGUUCAUGCUUAUAUCAAGAGGAACACCAUUAAAUUGGAUGCAGUGCUAGGGGCUGCUUUGCUUGAUAUGUACGCCAAAUGUGGGCGGCUCGACAUGGCUUGGGAAGUGUUUGAAAAUAUCAAACAGAAAGAGAUUUCCACAUGGAAUGCCAUGAUUGGCGGGCUUGCUAUGCACGGUCAAGCAGAUGAUGCAAUCGAUCUCUUCUCCAAGAUGCAGAGGAGUAAGUUAGAACCAAAUGGAGUUACUUUUCUGAAUGUCCUAAAUGCUUGUGCUCAUUCGGGUUUUGUCGAUAAAGGUCUAAACUUCUUUAGUUCUAUGAAGAAAUUUUAUGGUAUUGAGCCUGAGGUGGAGCACUAUGGGUGUAUGGUUGAUAUGUUUGGAAGGGCAGGGCAAUUGGAAGAGGCUGAGCAGCUUAUAAAUUCAAUGCCAAUGAAACCCAAUGCAGCUGUUUGGGGGGCCUUGUUAGGUGCUUGCAGGAUACAUGGAAAUGUUGAAAUGGGAGAGAGAGUUGGAAGGAUUUUGCUUGAAUUGGAGCCUCAAAAUAGCGGCCGUUAUGCAUUGUUGUCUAACAUUUAUGCAAAGGCAGGCAGGUGGGAUGAUGUUGAAAAAGUUAGAACGUUGAUGAAGGAAAGGGGGGUCAAGACAAGUCCUGGAAUUAGCAUGGUUGAUAUUGGUGGCAUGGUUCAUGAGUUCAAAGUGGGAGAAGGGUCACACCCGCAAAUGAAAGAGGUCUAUUUGAUGCUGGAAACGAUCAUAGAGAAGCUGCAGAUGGAGGGUUACUCACCAAAUAGCUCCCAAGUUUUGUUUGACAUUGCAGAGGAGGAGAAGGAAACUGCACUGCAAUACCACAGCGAAAAGCUUGCUAUUGCUUUCGGUGUCCUGAACACGAAACCUGGAACAACCAUCCGUGUUAUGAAGAACUUAAGAACUUGUGAGGAUUGCCAUUCUGCCAUAAAGAUCUUUUCGAAAGUAUACGAGCGUGAUAUAAUUGUGAGGGACCGUAUGCGCUAUCAUCAUUUCAGAAAUGGAAGAUGUUCCUGCAAGGAUUUUUGGUGA